AUGUCUUGGAUAGCUGCUGGUGUAGGAAAAUCAAGAUUCAUUCAUGAGGCUGCAAAGAAGGCAGAGGCUCAUAUUCUCAGGACUACCUUUGAAUAUGGUGUACUGAAAUCUGUGAUCAAUGAAGCAGACAGUUCCACAUAUCAUGAUGUUUCAGCAAUAAUGGAAAUCUGGCUGCUCACUUUCAUGCUUGGACAAACCAUGGUGAUUAUCAUGGAUGAAGCCCAUUGUAUGGGACCACCACCUGCCAGCUUGCGAACAUCUUGUAAUAUUCAUGAACUGAUUUCCAAAACCAAGAAAAUCUAUUCAAGGAUGGAGUAUAUUGAUGAUGAGGUAACACCAAUGGCAAAGCACUUUGUCUCAGUUGCAUUACACUUAGUACUCCAAGAAGUGGCAUUGGCAUGGUCUGGUUUAACAACAUUCACUUUCUGCCAAGAUGUCAGAAAAACGCUGCCAUAUUUUAGCUAUGAUGAUGUGAAGGCAGUUGUUGGACAGUACAUCAAUCUUGGAUUCUAUUCAUUAUCAUCAACAGAAGUGACAUCAGUUAUAGCACAGCUAACAGGGCCACCUAUACCUAGAAUUACAGAAAUUUUUCUUGAAACAUGUUGGCAAAAGCAAGGCACCUCCCAGAAAUGA